AUGACUACCCCCAAGUCAUCCAAGUCUCUGAUUCCCUCUGACCCGGAAAAGGUGAUGGUCAUUCGAGACAUCACCCCGACCAUCACCACUCUAAGCGUUCCAUUUUUACGAUUCGGCCAUAUCAAGAUUGGCGGGCGCGGGACACUGGUCAAGCUUCAGACCGGAAACGUCGCAGUCUUCUCUCCUGUGGCAUUGACGCCUGCCGUCAAGGACAAAGUGCGGGCUCUCGGACCGAUCAAGUAUAUUGUGGCCCCAGAUAUCGAGCACCACAUCUUCCUGUCCACUUGGGCGGCUGAAUAUCCCGAUGCUGAAGUCAUUGGAAUGGAAGGCCUGCCCGAAAAGAGAGAAGGAAACCCUGACACCAAAGGACUCAAAUUCUCCCACGUCUUCUCGGCCAGCAAUAAACUCGAUCUGAAGAUCUCCCCCGAAUUCGAUGCCGAGUUCUCCUCUGAAUACUUCCACUCCCACACCAACAAGGAACUUGUCUUCCUACACAAACCCACUCGAACCUUGAUCGAAGCCGACCUGCUCUUCAACCUACCCGCCACCGAGCAGUUCUCCAAAACUGGCACCAGUGCCAGUUCUGGGUUGUUGACCAAGCUCUUCGGCGGGAUUAUGAAUACUCGCGGCGAAAUAACCUGGCAGAAGCGAUUCUUGUGGUAUGCUGCGGCUGGUAAAGACAGGCAAGGUUUCACCGAGUCCGCCAACAGAAUCAAGGCAUGGGACUACGACAGAGUGAUCCCUUGCCACGGAGAUGUGAUUGAAACUGGCGGCAAGGCCAUCCUGGAUAGAGCCACUGCCUGGUUUACUGCUGGCAAAUAG